AUGAGAGUCGUUCGUCUAGAAAAUGUUUUUUUAAAGAAUGUACUAUUCUAUCUAGAAACAUUAGAUGAUGUGUGUAAUUUUAAUCAAAUAAAUAAAAAAUGUGGAGAAGCAAUAGCAACAGUGUUCAUUAAUCCAUUCAAAUUAAGCCAAUUUUACACAUUCAGUCAAAUUAAUAAAAUAUUUCCAGUACUUCAAACGUAUUAUUGUGCAAAAUCUUUCUGUACACCAAAAAUGAUAGAAGCACGUAAUAUGCCAUUAAUGGAAAUUGGAGCAUGGGAUAAAGGAUUACCUACAACAGUCUUCUCAACAAAAUGGUUUGCAGAAAAAGUUAGAAAAGUAAGAAUAACUCAACCUAUUAUUCACUCCUUUAUUAAAGGAAUUAACAAUUAUACAAAUCUUAUUCAUCUAACGAUAGAAAUUGAAUACAAACAAGUUAGUAUAGUAGAAAAGAUAGUUGAAAUUAAAUCACUACAAAAAAUUAUCAUUUAUUCAAAUUCAUUCUAUAUUCUCAGUUUAGCUCAAAGAAAGUUCAUUUCAAUACAAUCAAAAGCACAACUAUACCUUAUUAAAACAAAAAAUCAACCAAGAUAUGAUCUUAGUAAUGAUAAAAUUGAUAAGACAUAUCCAAAUAUUCAUUUUUAUUCAGGAAAUAUAGAAGUACCAAAAGAUGAGUAUUUGAAUGUUAGUCAAUAUUCAUUCACUAUUAAUACAAAAAAUAAAGGUUUCUCAUUAAUUUCACACGAAUCUUCAUUACUAAAUACAGACAGUUUGAAACAAACAGCAAGUAUAAUAGAAAAGUAUGAAAUUUCUAAACUCUUUUUCUGUCAUCAAGGCAGAACAUCAGUUGAAACAGAUUUAAGUAUGUUUAUGAAUGUCACUGAAAUCUCAUUAGAUAAAGUUAAGAACAAACUAACAUUACCAUUCUCAGUGAAAAGAUUAAAUAUGAAGCAAUGCAAAGUUUGUUUUGUUAAUAAUGGAGUUCGAUUAAAAGAAAUUCGAGGAUCUAAAGGGUGCUCUGUUAGUGGAGAGAUUUGUAUUGAUGAUUUAAAAGUAUUUUCAUUUGAUAGUAGUCGUAUUGAUAUGUCUUGGAUUGAAUAUGGAAAAACAAAGAGAGUUGGUAUUGAUAUUCGAUUAGAUGUUUUUGUGCUAAACAACACAUACUUGUCUGGACCUAGCAGUUUAUCAGAUGAGGAAAAACAAUCAACUAACCAUUGA